GCUGCGUAGUUUAUCUUGACUUAGCCAAAGAGUAACCGUCAAAAAUGUUAUCGCGAGAUCUUGUGCGUCAUACGGAUAAUGGCAGGAGAUCUCGGAUAUUAAAGAAUCUGCAAACUGAAUUGAAGAGGUGAAGCUGUGACCCUUCAGCACCACUCACUCUUUUGACCUCCUCCUCUGGUGUUCCUGCAGCAGCGAUGGCUCAUCUCUCCGGCCACGGGAAGCUGCUGCUCCAGCGCCUGUAUCAGCAGCGGGAGAUGGACUUUCUGUGUGAUAUCACCAUAAUGGUGAAGGACGUGGAGUUCAGAGCUCACCGCAACAUUUUGGCUGCCUUCAGCAAGUACUUUUACUCCCAGGCUGAGAAAGGCGUAGAAGUCAUAACUCUGGACCCUGACAAGGUUAGCCGGUACUCUCUGGAGAAGCUUCUGGAGUUCAUCUACACCGGCCAGAUGAAUCUAAGCAGCACCAGGAAGGAGGCGGUGCGGCGAGCCGCUGUGUUCCUGGGAAUGCCAGAGGCUACCAAAUAUCCGGAGGAAUUCCCUCACUGCUCAGAGCCGAGCGAAACCUCCGAGGCGGAUAAAGAGGGUCUGUCUCCCCGCAGCGCCUGCUCUGACGGCAGCCCCAGCUCCCCCGUCCCCCUGUCCAUCAUCUCCAUUGGUGGAGACUGGAAAGCUGAGGAGGGAGAUUCCAGAGUCCAGGAUCCUGACUUCCAAGAUGAGGAUUUUGAGAUUGUGGGCAAAAGCGAUGAAGAGUACAUGCCUCAAGUGCAAAGUUUUGGCACCGCCAGGAGAGGCAGGAGGCCGAAGAACUUUACCUGCAAGCAGGAGCAGCCAAACGUAGCUGACAGCACCCCCAAAAUCCAGAGUUCAAGGGGGAGGGGCAGACCCAGGGGCAGUGGAAGAGGAAGAGGAAGAGGAAGAGGAGCAUCCAAAAGCCAGGACCUUUCUCUAGGAGACUCAGACACAAGUCUGAAGGACUUUGGAGACACCUCCGCUGACUGGAGCCCCUCCCAGGGGGAGGAGUCACUUCCCAAAAAGCCUCGCCUGAGCUUUGGGAGGAGGAGGAAAGGGCGAGGCAGAGGGAGGGGGCGGGGCAGGAGGGUCAAAGAAGUAGAAUUUGAGGAAGAGGAUGAGGAUGACGAGAGCGUGGAGGGGGUGUUGGAAGAUGAGGUCGAGGAGGGGGAAAUCAGGGAUCGGGACCCGUCGGACCUGAGCGAUCUGACGCUGAGCUGCAGUGAGUGCAACAAACUGUUCAAAGACGUCAGCAGCCUGCGGCGCCACGAGAAGAUCCACAAGGGCCUCAAACCCUUCUCCUGCAUCUUCUGCUCCAAGACCUUCAGGCAGGCCACGCAGCUCAAGACACACCUGCGCAUCCACACAGGUGAGAAACCGUUCAAUUGCUCCAGCUGUGACAAAUGUUUCGCCCAGAAGUGCCAGCUGGUGGCUCAUCGGAGGAUGCACCACGGAGAGGAGAAGCCCUACACCUGUGAGCGCUGCGGCUUCAAAUUCGCCACGUCCUCCAACUACAAAAUCCACAUCAGGCUGCACAGCGGCGAAAAGCCUUACGUCUGCGACAUCUGUGGUCAGGCCUUCGCUCAGUCCAGCACGCUCACGUACCACAAGAGGAGGCACACGGGAGAGAAACCGUACCAGUGCGACCUGUGCGGCAUGUCUUUCUCCGUCUCCUCCUCGCUCAUCGCUCAUGCUCGCAAGCACACAGGAGAGACGCCCUACAAAUGUUCACAGCCAAAAUGUGAUGCCAAGUUUGUCACGUCGUCUGAGCUGAAGAAGCACAUGCGCCGACUUCAUCCAGACGGGAACUCUGGGGUGCAGUGUCUUCUGUGUGGAAACCGAUUCGCCAGCGUGAAAAACAUGAUCAAACACCAGGAGAAGGCUCAUGCGGACGAAGUGCGGCAGCACAAAGAGAGAGCUCGAGCAGUGGUGCUCCUGGCCUCCAGCCACCCGGUGGCGUUCGUGCAAAGCAAGCUGUCGCAAGAGAACAAAGGUUUGGCUUCCGUUCCUGAGGGGGAGCCGCCCAACCCCGAACCCGCCACCCCUAACCCCAAAGCCCCCGCGCCGGCCGCAGCCUCCUCCUCAGACGCCACCGACACCUCCAUCAUCCAAGAACUGAAGCCGGAGCCGUCCGCCCUCCCCCUCUCCACCGCCGAGCAGGUGACCUUCGAUCAGGAGCAGACCAUCAACUCGGACACCCUCCACGCUCUGGUGGAGCAGCUGCGGCCCCCGCCGUCGCCCGCUCAGAGCCUGGAGCAGAUCGUCAUCAUCAGGACGGUGGACACCGCGGACAGUAACCCUCCCCAGCAGUGAGGGGGCGCUGUCCCUCUGCCAAGAACAACGGCUGCGAUAAAGACUCUUUCUCAACGCAGAAAGAGAUGAAGCGGUGAAUUCUAAUCCAGAUUGUGUCUCAUAUUAAUGCCAUUUUAAUCUCCCAAAUUAUUCAACAGAUGAAUCCACUGCACUGGUGGAGAGACGACUUAACAUCUUCAUCGUUUCAGAUCACGUUCAGUUCUUAUCUGAAAAACACAAAGUUCUUUUGUAUAAACUUAGUAUUGAUCUGAAACGCUGCAAGCCUUUAACGAGGUCGUCAGGAAAAAAUAGGUCUUUCCCGUUCUGUCAUGUUCACUGUGGAGAUAUUUCAUGCCUCAACAAAAGAAGUGAACUUUAUUCUUCAGUGUAUUGUAUUUAAUCUGAUGGGUUUUGUAUAAAUAAGUUUAAAAUGAAAAUGAAAAGAUGCUAAUUCCAUCUUUCUAAUAAAAACUCUGGGGUUUUUGCUGUAAAAAUGUUUUAUUUUCUGCCAUUUGUGAUCCUCCUUUAAUGGCAUUCUUUCUGCUAAUUUUUCCAGAGCUAAGUUAAGUGAGAGGAUUUGUAGAAAGAAUAGAUUUGUCUCUCAGUCCAAAAACAGUUUGCAUAAUAUCUCAGUGUGAUCCCAUUAUGGGGUGAUAGAAUAAAAACUGUGGUUUUGGUUUCUGGCUUCUGAUUUCAUGUUCUGUUUUCAAAGGUCUGCAGCUGUUGAAGAUGAAGUGGUCCAAAGCAGCUCCUGCAUCACAAUGUGUGUUUUUAAUGAGUUAGAUGUUACAGAGUUGGGUUUAGGGGCUGCCUUUGAAUUUAGUCUUAAGGUUUUAAAGUUCUGUUCUGAUCACUGAGGUUGAAGCACUACUUGUCAGGACCGUGUUGAAGCCGACAGUUUUGUGAAAACUGUACAACAAACAGGAAAUAAAGUUGAAUCCAAACGCUGGACUAUCACGUCAGUGUUCAGGGA